GCUCGCCCCCGGGCCUUGCGGGCCGCCCGCCGCCCCGGGCGCUGGAGGGAGCGCCGGUGCCGGUUGUUGCUGUAGGGUUUCUGCGCUUCGCUCCCUACUGUAUUUGUGCUGCCCUUAAUGUCAUCGUGGAUGUCGUAGUGGCCUUCUAGUGUUAUGUUUCCAAAGAGGUACGUGGUGACCCUCGAUAAACUGUACUUUGAAAAUGCUAUUGAAGAGGAAGGAGGUGAUCCAGAUAAUAUUGAAAUAACUGUUUCAGCUGACACACCCACCAAGAAACCAACUAAAGGCAAAGGUAAAAAGCAGGAAGCUGAUGAAUUAACUGGUGAUGCUUCAGUUGAAGAGGAUUCCUUUGUCAAGGAAAGUGAAUUGGAGACUCAAGAUGCAAGUGAUCAAGACGGAAAUGAUGAAUUGAAGGACUUCAAAGAAUCUGUUGAAGAUGAGAACUUGAAUUCUAAAGAACUACCAUCUGCAGAAAAGAAAAGAUACCAUGACCUGGAGACAGCAGAGACAACAGAAGAUGCAGAAAAGGAUUCUGAAAGUCAGGAAAAUGAAGGUCAGGACAUAGAAGAUUACGUUUUUCCAACUGUCCAUGAUGGUGAAGAUGAAGAAACUGAGAAAGAUAAAGCAGGUUCUGGUGAUGGUACACAAGAAGUAUCUAAACCUCUUCCUUCAGAAGAAAGCCUAGCUGAGGCUGAUCACACGGCUCAUGAAGAGAUGGAAGCUAACACCUCUGUGAAAGAAGCUGAGGAUGAUAACAUAUCGGUUACAAUCCAGGCUGAAGAUGCCAUCACUCUGGAUUUUGAUGGUGAUGACCUCCUAGAAACAGGUAAAAAUGUGAAAAUUACAGAUUCUGAAGCAAGUAAGCCAAAGGAUGGGCAGGAUACCAUUUCACAGAGCCUGGAGAAGGAAAGCAAGGACUAUGAGAUGACUGAGAACCAUAAAGAUGGUAAGAAGGAAGACUGCGUGAAGGGUGAUCCUGUCAAGAAGGAAGCCAGAGAAAGUUCAAAGAAAGCAGAAUCUGGAGACAAAGAAAAGGAUACUUUGAAGAAAGGUCCCUCGUCUACUGGGGCCUCUGGUCAAGCAAAGAGCUCUACUAAGGAAUCUAAAGAAAGCAAGACAACAUCAAAGGAUGAUAAAGGAAGUGCAAGCAGUGUUAGUGGUAGCAGUGGAAGUUCAACCAGAAACCUGUGGGUUAGCGGACUGUCUUCCAACACAAAAGCUGCAGACUUGAAAAACCUCUUUGGCAAAUAUGGAAAGGUGCUUGGUGCAAAGGUGGUCACAAACGCACGAAGCCCAGGGGCAAAAUGUUACGGCAUAGUAACAAUGUCUUCUAGUACAGAAGUGGCUAGAUGUAUUGCACACCUUCAUCGAACAGAGCUCCAUGGACAACAAAUUUCUGUUGAGAAAGUGAAAGGCGAUCCCUCCAAAAAGGAGUUGAAGAAGGAAAGUGAUGAGAAAUCUGGUUCAGGUAGAAGCACAGGAGAUAAGAAGACUGCAUCAAGUGAUAAAGCCAGCAAAACUCCAUCAACCAAAAAAGAAGAAAAGAAAUCUGAGAAAUCUGAAAAAAAAGAAAGUAAAGAAGCCAAGAAAACAGAAGGCAAAGAUGAGAAGAGUGAUAAUGGAGCAAGUGGCCCUAAUCAAGAAUCCACUAAAAAAACUGAAGAAAAGAAAAGAAUAAGUGGUAAAAGCCCAGGUCAAGUUGUAGUAUUAGACCAAACAAAAGGAGACCAAGGCCACACUAGGACAGUUAGAAGGGGAAGGUUUGAUAAACCACAGAUAUUGAGGAACAAAGAGCGUAUUAUUCAAGAUAAAGUGAAAUUCAGGGAAUACAGGGGUAGAAAGGAUAUCUUGCCUUUUGAAAAGAUGAAGGAACAGAGAUUUCGAGAACACAUGGUUCGAUUGGAAAGAAUACGACGAGCUGUUGAACUCCGAAGGGGGUGGGAAGAAGAAAGCAAAAUUAAGCUGUUGACAAAAUGCUUGCAGAGAGAAAGGGAACGACUAGAAAUUGAAAGGCAAAAACUAGAGAGGGAAAGGAUGGAACGGGAGCGUUUGGAAAGAGAGCGUGUCCGUAUCGAACAGGAACGUCGAAAAGAAGCAGAGCGUAUUGCCCGUGAAAGGGAGGAACUUCGUCGACAACAGCAGCAACUUCGUUAUGAACAGGAAAAGAGGAAUUCUUUGAAACGUCCACGUGAUGUAGAUCACAGGAGAGAUGAUCCUUACUGGAAUGAGAAUAAGAAGAUGGCUCUUGAUACAGAUGCACGUUUUAGUCAUGGUUCAGAUUACAGUCGCCAGCAGAACAGGUUUAAUGAUUUUGAUCACAGAGAACGGGGACGAUAUCCAGAAGGUUCUUCUGUUCCAUCAUCAUCUUUUGAUAGGCGAGAACGUUUUGUAAAUCAAGGUGAAGCAAAAAAGACUCGCCCAACAGCACGAAGAGAAGAGCCAGGGUUUGAAAGGUAUCCUAAGAACUUCAGUGAGUCCAGAAGAAAUGAACCACCACAACCAAGAAGUGAACUUCGAGAUACAGACAGACGAGAAGUGCGAGGAGACAGAGAUGAAAGAAGAACAGUGAUAAUUCAUGACAGACCUGAAAUACCACAUGGUCGACAUCCAAGAGAGACUGGUUCAAAUCCACCUAGGCAAACAAAUUGGAAGAGCGAGGGAAGCAUAAGCACAGACAAACGGGAUGGCAGAGGCGAGAGGCCAGAUCGAUCAGGAAGAGAAGUGUCUGGACAUGUGAGAGGUGCACCUCCUGGUAGCCGUAGCAGUGCUUCUGGGUAUGGAAGCAGGGAAGGAGAACGCGUGAUGGGAGAAAGAGGUGGAGGACAACACUAUAAUGAGGACAGACACGUUGUUGAACGCCACAGUCGUGAAACUGGACCAAGAAAAGAAUGGCAUGGACCUAGUUCUCAAGGAAGUGGGUAUCAUGACACAAGGAGAAUGGGAGAUGGCCGUGGAGGAGGUGGCAUGAUGUCUCCACAUACAAGUAACUCUUCACCAAUUAAUAGAGUUGUACAGAUCACAGGCAAUUCCAUGCAGAGAGGAAGUGGCUCAGGAUUUAAGCCAUUUAAAGGUGGACCUCCACGAAGAUUCUAAGAACUACGGCUGCUUGGUCUCAAGAUAACUUAUUGAAAUCUCUUGUAAACUUUCUCUGAUUAAAAACAGGAAACCUUGUCUGGAAGUCCUGGUUAAAUUUUUUUAAUUUAACAUGAUUAUUUUCCUCUCAAUUUUGGAGGCAUUUUAAUAGUUACGUUGUAAUUUUGGAUAGUUUUUGUGUAUCUUUGAUAAGCAUUUUCCCUGAGGCACUAGAGCUGUCUAAAAACAAAUUGGAACCAAAAUAUUUGUUAAUCUGUAUAAAAGAAUAGUUUGCAGCUGUGUGCUAGUAGUUUGAUUUACCAACAUUAGCUCUGUGGUGUCAUGCUUUAAAGUUAGCUACUUAUCACAACAUACACAACUAUAACCUCCAUUUUGAAGGUUGUCCAGGCUCUUCUCUCUGCUUUCUAAUUUGUAGAGAAAUAAGAUUGUUCUUUCGUUACUGGGUAUUAUGUAACCUAUUUUUGCAGAAGGUACUGUUACAUUGAGUGCAUUUAUGUGUAUUCUUGCAAAUGUAUUCUUUUGAAAUAAACCUUCAUAUUCUGUAUAGCUUCUAGUAAGUCUUUGAAACUUAGUCUUUGGGGAAGGAAGACUGAAUUUAACAGAUGUGUAGGUAUAGCAUAUCAAAACGUGGGUGCCAUUAACUUGUCUCCAUAAACACUGAAUUGAAAAUCUAGGAGCACUUUUGAUAGCACAAGAAAGAUUAAUACCAAAAAAAGAUAGGAGGCCUAAAGAAAUAAUUAUAUGCAGUUUGCUCUUCCUGUAUAACAAGGCUCUGGCAGAACUGCAGUACAGGUUAUUUUAAACCAGACUACCACAAAUAAGUGUUACUUAGAGUGGUUGGGGAAUCCUAUAUAUGCAGUCUUGUUCAGGUACACCUACAACUCAUUCCUGAUGAGGUCUCAAGCAAAAUCUUGUGAUUUUAAUGUUCAGUGGCCUAUGUUAAAUCUUCCUUGAUCAGGCCCAAUCAGAAAUGUCAGGUAGUCAGUCCAAGACUCCUGUCAGUCAGCCAGCAUAAGUACAUAGUUAAAAAGUUGUUGUUCAGCAAGUGAAAAAAAAAAGAAAACUUAGAAAAAAGCAAAUCUAAUCCAUUACAUAGUGGACAGAGAGAUGAACAGAGGACCUUGCUGAUAGAAGAUAAGAAAAGAAAGGCUUGUAAAGGAGUAUUUGAAUAAGAACUGGAAGGUUUUACUGGUCCAUAUUGUCUUUUAAAUAAUGAUUUAAGUUACAUAUUUGAAGGCAAGAGCCAGUAAGAAGCACAUGGAUCUUUGCCACCCUCAGUUACAGCCUGUUUGCUGUGUGGAAGAACUGCUAAGUUAUCAUCUGCAGUGUUCCAGGGGAAUUAAGUAUAGCAGAAAACAAGAUAAAUUAAACUGUAUUUGAGUAAGUAGCCUUUCAGGAAAGAAAGGAGUAGAAAGAAGCCUCAUAACAGCAUAUUCUAUAAUUAAUCCUUUGUGAAUAGUCACAAUUGAAAUAUUUAUGUUUAAACAAAAGAAAUAUGCUGUAUCAGCAAACAUGUCAGGAUACAUUUAUCCAGUAACUAACUUACCUCGAUGCAUUUCACACAUCUUCUGUUGUUCAAUUCUUAGAAGAAAAAUCUAAGUUCAAUUUAGUGAAUUUUUUUGCAGGAGUUUCCAAGAGGAAGUGCAAGUUAACACAGUGCAUUUUAAAAAGUCCAUAUCCAUGUGGCUGCAGUCUGUGCUUCAUUAGGCGUGACAAUACAAACUAAGUACUUGCUAUAAGGUGAAUGUGUAGUGGCUAAUAGAUCAAAUGGGAAAUACAGAAAGUUUAUACCCUUAAAAGACAGAGCUAUAGAGACAUACAAAAAUAAAACUCAAGAUGUGGCUUGGUAUCUUGUCUACAGUAAAUAAAUCUAGAUGUACAUUCCAACUGUUAAAGGUAUAAAUAAUAUUUACUUUUUUGCUUAAUUAAAUGAAAAUAUGCAUGUGUAGAUAUUCCACUUAAAAUAUGGAUAAUGGGGAAAAAAAACUGAUUGAAAACAAAUUGCCCAAAACUUUGAAUUUCUAAAAGAUUUAGAUCAACAGAAGCCUAUUCUUUUCCAGAGAAAGAUAUUUUUUUUUUUAAGUAUUUCUUCCAACCUUUAUCAUUAGGAAAGAACUUAAAUACCUAAAUGAAAUGUUUAUUUAAGUUUGCUCACUUUAAAUUUAUUUACAUACAAUGAAUUUCAGAAGACUCUUAACCAAAAUAAAUCUCAGUAGGGUAAAGACCUUAAGCUGUAGAAAGGCAGGUAACUGAAGAAACUUUCUAAAAGAUAACAGAAUUUAACAGUUUUUCUUUUGUGGUACACAAACAAGAAGGGGUAUUAAGAUACAGAACUGGACUUCUCUUUUAAGUGUUCAAAAUUAUUUUAACAAUUUACAAGGAAAAUGUUGUUUCCUUAUAGUCUUUAAAAACACAUUAAUACAAUAUAAACAAUUAAGGCUUUUAAAAUGCAAAACAUUCAGUAGUUGAACUUGUAGAUGCCAUUACAAUGUUGGAUAACAGUGUAACAUGAUGGUGGAAAGGAUUUCAGUCACAGACAUUGGUACAAACAAUACUGCAUGACUAGAUUUAAUCAUGUCAUGCACUUCUAAAAUACAAUUUUUAAAAAUCUAAGUUCUCCCCUCUCAGUACACCUACAGUCGCUUGCAUUAGCUUUUAUUUUUGCGUUUCCCUUUAAAACUAGAUUUAGAGAUCAUUAGGCAAUUAGAGAACAUUAGGUGACUAACAGGCUCACACCUAAACUGCUGAUUAAACACAGCAAUUGCACAAUUUUGGUGGGUCUAAGCAUGGCAUCUUGAAGACAUCACUAAUGUGGGCUUGUUUGGAACUUCCCUAAACCACUUUUUUUUUUAAAAAAAAAAUUUCAUUGUAAAAAGAGCCAGUCAGGACAAUAGAACAAGGGGCAAUUUCUGCAGGAUUCAUGUUUGUACAUUUCAUCAGUUUCCUCUGAGGUUUCUUUAAUAAGCUUACACAUACAUGUAAAAGAUGACUAUCAAAUGUUGUACAAAUAAUAGCUAUGCAUCUGUUGACCAGAAAAAAAAUAAUAAAAAAUUACUUAUGAAAACUUUGAUAAGAACUUUCACCAGAAGCUGUAAUAGGAAAGAUAAACCAAAACUUUGUUUUUUAACAUUAAAGCUCUAUCAGGUUAUUGGGGGGGGAACUGAUGACAGUAUUUUUUACUCCCCCUCUAAAGAAAGAAGCUGUAAAGUACUAACAUUCUGUGACUUUUUAUGUAAGAACUGGUACUGAGCAAGUAGCAACAGAUUUAGAAUUUAUUUCUGUGGGACAGGAAAAGAUACUUCAUAUUUUCUACAGUUUUAAGCACCACUACCAAAUUUUUUGAGGCUUGACCUAUAAACAGUGAUUAUACACUGCAAAAACAUAGCGGGGAAAAAACCAUUCAUGAGUGACAUGAUUUGGACAAUACAAUCUAUAGCAGCCCGGGGGGAAGCAUUAACUGCUUGCUUUUUUCAAGUACAAACUGUAUCAAACCAGAGCGAACGUCUGUACUGUAGCUGUGUGACCAGUCACGCUCUUUAACAUCACGUACAGCACUAGUGACUUCAAGAGUUGCCAAAAUAUAGAUGAGGAGGCACUUGCUACAACAGAUUUGUCUCCUGAAAUCACUGUACCUACAGUCACUUUUUAAUGGGUUCUCAAAAGUUAUUGUUGCUUACCAGCCUCAGAGAGAAAGCAUGUAAGAAAUGCAGAAAUGCAAGCACACUGCUCUAGAGUAUAUGAAAUACAAAUAUGUAAUUAUUGCAACUAUUCAUGAUAAAAAAUGCAAAUGCUGAAUUACAGGUAGUUUAAAAAUUCACAAGCAGGUUUAUUGGUUCACUGUAUCUAUCUGCAGUGGUCUCGAAGACAACCAGCUACUAUGGUUUUCCAAGCAAAAGAAGGAUUUUCUUUCCACAGCAAUAUUUGUAAAUACAAUUCAGUUGUAAAGUCUACCAGUGCUGCAAUUGGCCAAAACCCCCAGACUGUUAUUUACGCACCUCACAUAGAACCUGUUUUCAAAUGUUCAAUCUGAAGCAUUUCACUAAAACUCAAUUCUAAACAAAACCAGUAAUUAACAUAAAACAGGUCCUUUUGGUUUUGCAGAUUAACCAAGCUGCAGUAACAAAAGCCAAAACAAAGUAACAAAAAACAAAAUUAAGAGGCUGGUUGAUGCCCUGACACCAAAAUGAAGAGAAAAUAAAGUUCCAUUGGAAAUAAGCAUAAAACACUGAACAUGUAACCUGCUAAAGAGCUAGCAAAUCUGAAGACACAGUUAAAUUCAAAAGUGAGCUUGUUUUUUUCUAAAAAUACACAAGAUAAUCUAACUUUCCUCUUCAAAGAGACAGAAAUAGCAGAGGUUAAAAUGUCUUAUUUGGUCUGAUAUUUCUCAAAAGGAUAGUGCUGGUCAUCAGCUUCCUCUACACCCUUUGGAAGUUCCAGCUAAAGUUGGCAGUACAGACUUUUAUUUCAGUUGUUUCUCCCAGUUCUCUGCUUGCAGAGUCACUACGUGUUGGUAAUUAACUGUGAAAGAUUUUAAUAAAUUACGAAACUGGCUUGCGUAAGUCUACCCUGAAAUGUCACGUUCCUCCUUCUGGCUGUGUCUGGCAGCAUGAAGUUGGACUGGGCAGACAUUUACUAAAAAAAGAUUUAAGACAAGUGUUAAGUAUUGCAAUACUGCUCCGGAAGUUUGAAAGGUUCCUAAGAUGCAUUCAGCCGCCACUAAUUACUGUGACUCUAAGAUAACCCUGAACUGUUAGCUAUUGCAGUUCACAAGAGACCAUAGUAAAAAACCAAGAUGUUGCAUUAUUUUGUUUAGAAAUAAUUAUUUUCCUAACAUUUAUUAAAGCCUUCCAGUGAGAUCUCUACAGCAUGGGUUUGCUGCUGAUGACACAGUUCUAAAGGUGAUUGCAGCAUAUACAGCUAAAUACAACAUUCUCUUACAAUGUCAAAUGUUAAGGUGUUGGUUUUCUUUUUAAUAAUAUUAUGUUCCAUAUAGACUUAGUACAAGACAGGAAAAACAUUGUGUCAAAUCAUUACAGUUCUUCAGAAACUUUUAUGCCUUCUUUAAUUUCCCAAGACUGAAGAAGACAGUGCUACGAAGAACAUUUCACAGUAGUUUCAAAGUCUGUUAGGAAAGCAGUCAUCUAAUUUUCUGUGUUUCUUUCACAGAAAGAAAGUGCAUUUAUAGCAUGGGCAGAAAUAAUCACGCUAGCUUUAUUAUAGCUGGCACAUAGAAUAAAUUAGAAUAUGGACUUAAUGAAAAUAUGUACUUGGAAUUCAUAUAUUACAUGGAGAAGUCCAUAUCAUCAUGUCCUCAGUAUGAAAACUGUUAGCAUUAGCUAGAUACAGUUGGCAUGGUUAUGUCUCCUUAAACUACACUGGGUCUUCAUGAGCUGCAUCAAUGUACAGUCAAGGAAGGCU